AAGUACGCCGAACAUUUUGGGGAUCUUUAUGUCAUAACUCCUUUCUGUAUUCGGUGAUUACUGUCUGUAGAUCAGAGGUAUGGUGAUGAUGUGCGUCGCUCAGUAUAGAGUCUGAUGUCGGUAGAUCAGAUGACCGACUAUGGCUGAGCUUCACGCGCAGGAAGAUCUCUCCAAAAUGUCCUACAGAGAAAACUGGAAAGUACAGCAUGAGCGACUGCAUGUGCAGCACCGUGGUCAUGAGGCCAUGCACGCUGAGAUGGUCCUGAUUCUCAUCGCCACACUGGUGGUGGCUCAGAUUGUUCUGGUCCAGUGGAAACAAAGACACUGCAGAUCUUACACAUUUGUGACCCUCCUGCAGAUGUGGGUGGUUCCUCUCUACUUCACUGUGAAGCUGUACUGGUGGCGUUUUUUGUCCACAUGGGGCAUGUUCUCCAUCAUCACCAGCUACAUCAUAUUCAGAGCCACACGUAAACCUCUGUCUGGGAGAACACCCAGGAUGGUUUAUAAAUGGUUCCUGCUCAUUUACAAGCUGAGCUACGCUGUCGGAGUCCUCGGAUACCUGGCCAUCAUGUUUACUUUGUUUGGCUUCAAUGUGUUUUUUAGGAUCAGGGCAGAAGACUCGAUGGAUGUGGGCGUGGUCAUGCUCUUCUAUGGACUGUACUAUGGAGUGAUGGGACGAGACUUCGCUGAAAUCUGCUCGGACUACAUGGCGUCUACUAUCGGGUACUAUAACCUGGGUGGGAUGCCGUCUCGGAGUCUGUGCCAUGACAUCUGUGCUGUUUGUGGACAGAAGACUUUAGUGGACGUGGAUGAGGAGGGCGUGAUGGAGGACACCUACCAGCUCUCCUGCAGUCAUGUAUUUCAUGAGUUCUGUAUUCGUGGCUGGUGCAUUGUGGGUAAGAAGCAGACGUGUCCAUACUGCAAUGAGAAAGUGGACCUGAAAAGAAUGAUGAACAAUCCCUGGGAGCGAACACACGUCCUGUACGGUCAGCUGCUGGACUGGCUCAGAUACCUGGUUGCCUGGCAACCCAUCAUCAUCGGCUUCGUGCACGGGAUCAAUUUUUCACUUGGUCUGGAGUGAAGUGUGAUGAAGAGUCUUCAAAAAGUGUUCAAUUGUUUGCUAUUUUAUUAUUUAUUUAUAAACUAUAAGUUAAUGUAGUUAAUGUCGUCUGUAGCAUUUAUUUAUCUGAUAAACAACAUGACAGCCGUGAAAAAAGCCUGAGACAUUUAUCAUUUAUAAUAAUCUGCAAAAAAGGUUACAGCAGCUGAAUCACACACACACACACACACACACACAUGUGCCUGUAUAAUGUGUGUGUGUGUGUGAUGGUGUGUGUGUAAAAGAUCCCGGUUUGAUUUGGUUCAGUCAGUGUUGGUUGCCGAUAGCGACGUCACAGAUCCUCUGAGUGUCGUAUUGUGUGUGUUACUGUGUGUUGGUUUGUGUUUGUUGUCGUUAUUGCUCAGAAAUCCGUUGUGUAAGUCUGCGGGUUGUGAGCAGUUGUGUGACAGGAAGUUUGCACUUUAUGAUGUAGCUUCAGUAUAAAUUGAUCCCUUCUUCACUGAGGAUCGUUCAUUAAUGUCUCUGGAGUUUUUCCUGCUUUCUGAAGGCAGCGUGUGUUUAAGGUUGUUGUUUGGUUGAUGAUUAAUUAUAGUCUUAAUGAUUGAUUUAUUAUCAUUUCUCCUGAUUUUUGUCGAGUUUUUGUGUAUUUACUUUUCCUGCUUAUUAAAUCAAAAUUAAA